UGUAAGACUCGCUAAAAAAGGCUCGGGGGGUUUCGACUCAGUUGGAUUGGUCUCUGUUUCGAAAUUAUUACGGUAAUAUAUUUCUUAGGCCAGAAGCGGGAGGAGCGAAGGUGCUUCAAUGAAAGAAGAGGUUAUUAGCUCUGGUGGGACCAUAGAUCCCGCUCCUGCCGCGAGUUCUGCUGGGGCAUCCUCACCUGCUGUUCCAGCAAAUGUUGGAAGUGUAGAUUGGUCUGGUCAUGGCCAAAAUUCCAAAGCAGCUUCUCAAUCUUGUGUUGGAUCCCAAGCACCAUGGAUUUCACUCAGUACUAGUGCUGGUGGAUCUGCUCUUGGAUCAUCAAGAACUUCAUGUCGACCAUGGGAAAGAGGGGAUCUUCUCAGGCGUUUGGCUACAUUUAAGCCUAUGAAUUGGUUUGGGAAACCUAAGGUUGCAAGCUCAUUGGCUUGUGCUCAGAGAGGUUGGAUAAAUAUAGAUGUUGAUAAAAUUGCAUGUGAAACAUGUGGGGCAUGCCUGCAUUUUGCUUCCUCCCCAUCCUGGGCUACUUCUGAAGCUGAGGAUGCUGGUGAGGCCUUUUCCAAGCAGCUGGAUGUUGGACACAAAGUUGCUUGUCGUUGGAGAGGAAAUAGCUGUCCAGAAAGCUUGGUCCAAUUCCCUCCAACAACUCAGUCUGCUCUAAUUGCUGGAUACAAGGACAGAUGUGAUGGACUUUUGCAGUUUCAGUCUCUUCCUGUAAUAGCUGCAUCUGCAAUGGAGCAUAUGCGAGUAACUCGGGGUCCACAGGUUGAUCGCCUUCUGUCUCAGAUGCAGAAUUAUACGGCAGAGUUUGAAUCUAGAUCAGAGACUAUACCAGAACUUGAUAAUGCUCGAGAUGUUGCAUUUUGUCUAUACUCUCAUUCACAGAAGCUCAUAAGCUUGUGCGGAUGGGAACCAAGAUGGCUUCUAAAUGUUCAAGACUGUGAAGAGCAUUCUGCUCAAUCAGCUAGAAAUGGAUGUUCUUUUGGCCCUAACACAGCCCAGGUCCAUAUUUCGCAGGAUCCUGGACCAAGCAAAAAUGCUCUUGCUUCUUCAGCCAAGGAAACUGGAAAAAAUAAAUUGGUAGUCGUGGAGUCUAGAUCUGAAUUCAGAUUGUCUUUGUUAGAUUGUAGCUUAUGUGGUGCUACUGUCAGGAUAUUGGAUUUUUUUACUGUUCCUCGACCUGCUCGUGUUGCUCCCAACAACAUUGACAUCCCUGAUACAAGCAAAAAAAUGGGAUUGACACGUGGAGUAAGUGCAGCCAGUGGAAUUAGUGGUUGGGUUGCUGCUGAUGAUCCAGAGAAAGAACUGACUGAGGACCGCGAUGAAGUAGGAACAACCGAUGAGAGAAAAUUGAUUCAAAAAACAGAUGUUGAUUUGAAUCUUACAAUGGCUGGGGGUCUGUCUUUUAAUCAGUUGAGUAAAACAACAACAUCCAGAAAUAUGAAUGACGGAGACAUGGGGCGAGAUCUAAUGAUUGGGCAACCAUCAGGUAGUGAGGUUGGUGAUCGAGCAGCUUCUUAUGAAUCAUGGGGUCCUAGUUCUCGCAAGCGAAGCUUGGAAAUAGGUGCCAGUUCAGAUGACAGGCUACAAUUACGCCCACAGCAGGCUGAUAGUGUUGAAGGAACUGUCAUCGAUCGUGAUGGUGAUGAAGUCACUGAUGGCAAACAAUAUUCUGCUGGGCCUUCAAAACGUGCUCGUGAUUCAGAUAUUUUUGAUACUUACUGCUCACCAUAUCCAAGAGACUCCUCUGAUGCAGGUCCAAGCCAUUCAAUGGGUUUUGAAACUUAUGCAGAUGGCAAUAGAAUUGCUCUGUUUAGGCAAGGAAGUGACCAUGUUAUUGGAAUCCCAUCAGCCAGAGAUUCAACACGUGCAUCCUCUGUAAUUGCAAUGGAUACUGUCUGCCACAGUGCAGAUGAUGACUCAAUGGAAAGUGUUGAAAAUUAUCCUGGAGAUGUUGAUGAUAUCCAUUUUCCCUCAUCUAGUACAUAUGGCCACCUUGACAUGAAUGACACAUCAGAGUUGAAUUAUAGUAAUCAAGCUCAGCAGAGUAUUUGUUUCCAACCAGCUGCUGAAGCGGUUCCAGGUGAAAUGGGCAUCAGCAGUACAAAUGAUGGUGAGGAAAUUUUCAAUGCUGAAACUGUGACAGCUCAUGCUAGGGAUGGGCUUAGUUUUGGAAUUAGUGGGGGGAGUGUUGGUAUGUGUGCCAGCCAUGAAGCUGAAAUCCAUGGAGCAGAUGUCUCUGCACGUAGAACAGUUAGUGUAGUUGGUGAUAUAGAACCCAGAAUAGAAGAUGCUGAAAAUCAGGGUCAAACUGGUGAAUCUGCUCCAGAUCCGGGAUUGAUGGAUGAGGUUGUCCCUGAUGAAAUAAAUAGGGAGGAUCCUCACGGUGACAGCCAAGAAAUGUUGUCUCGCUCUCUGGGAAGGGCUGACAGUGGUUCAAAAGUUGAUGGUUCUGCCAAGGCAGAGUCUGUCGAAAGUGGUGAAAAGAUAAGCCAAAGCUGCAAACUAGUCCCAGAUUACAAUGCUCAUCCUUCUCUUUCCUGCAAUGCUAAUGUGUACUCUGGCAAUGAAUCACCCAAGAAAGGGGUAAAAAAUGCUGGAAAAUCAUCUUCCAUAAACAAUUGUCCAUACCCAGACCCAGAGUCAGAUUAUGCUGUCACAAAUGGGAUAGGGCCACCAAAAGGAGAAAGCAAUUAUGAAGAAGCUAUAGAAUUUGAUCCAAUUAUUCAUCACAACCAGUUCUGCCCCUGGGUGAAUGGAAAUGUUGCUGCUGCUGGCUGUAGUAGCUCCGGCUCCAGCUCCAGUGCUGAUGUUAUUUCACUUUGUGGAUGGCAGUUGACCUUGGAUGCUCUGGAUGCUUUGCGAUCACUGGGGCAUGUUCCUGUGCAGACGGUACAGUCGGAGUCAGCAGCAUCAUUGUAUAAGCUUGUAUAAUGCUCUCAUGGAUGACUAGAAUACAUAUAUAUUUUGAAGAAAGUGGAUGGCCUAGCUAAUCCCUGGAGUAAGGUCUUGAAAUGGUUCCUGUUCUUGCAUGCAUGGUUUUGUUAAUUAUUUGCUGAUCUUAUUGAUGUGUCCUUGCCUUCAUUUCUUGGUAAAAAGAGUCCAAGGUUGUGAAAAUCUUCCACUAAGAUUAACUUCCAAGCUAUGACCUAAUGCUUUAUACAUGAUAAUCAUGCUUUGAUGAGGCAUUUAAAGAUUUAAUCUAUGUCGGUUGUGGUACUUUCACUGCUCCCUCAUUCAGUUAGUUCAUAUUCGUUUAAAACGAAGCAGUUAGCAUACCUUAUGCAAAGGAGAGUGACAGAAUUUGGUAGUUCAUAUUCAUUUAAAUCAAUACUGUUGUAGCAGUUAUUAUUUCUUAAGCAAGGGGGAGUGUAGAGGUUUUUAUGCAGGUUAUCAUAUAAUUAAUUAUUGGUGGUCAUUGCUUCUACAUGGGUUGUCAGAUUCUGGUUAAUAAUGUCUUUGAUUGAAGUUGUUUUAACUUCUUUUCUUUGGCAAAGAGCUAACUCCUGUAGUAUCUAGGUAGUUAUGGUUCAUGUGUGCUCAUUCGACAAUUAUAGGAGCAGCUGCGACAGGCUACUGGCACCUCAGAUCUGCUUGACACUACUACUCUAACCCUUCUUUUCCACAACUAAUUGUU